AUCUGCCCGUCCCUCUCUGUCGUUCUAUGCACCAAGCAUAGCCUCGCCCAUGGACUUCUACUCUGAGUCCACUGCUGACUCACCUAGCGUCGACAUCAGCUCUACGCUGGGGGGUCUUUUCUUUGGCUGCGUCUUCUCGACAUGGCUUUACGGCGUCGUCUGCUCACAAUGCUACUACUUCAUGAAAUACCGUCUGAGGGGGGGAAAGCUUGAGCUCAAGUUCAUUGUGUCUUUUCUGUGGGUCCUUGAAACGCUCCACCUUUGCUUCUUUACGCGCGGCUAUUACGACUAUGUCGUAAGCUCGCACCACAAUCCCGCUAGGCUGAGCAUGCCUGAAAUGACCUUCUAUGGCAUGGUACCAUGCACACUUGCAGUAGCGGCUCUCGUCCAUUACGUAUGGUUGAAACGCAUAUGGGCUUUAAGCAAAAGCAACCUUCGCUUGAUCUUCGCGGUCGUGAUGGUGUUGGUGACGCUUUUCGGCUGGGGUGUAGGUUGCUUAUGGACUGCCUUAAGCUCCAACCAAAGCACUUGGACUCAAGUUACACCCUGGCUCGUAUACACUCCACUCGCGUGCCUGACAGUGAACGAUAUCAUCGUGACGUCCUUCCUCUGCGCGACUCUUCAACGAUCAAAGCUUGGAAUACGGUCCACAGACGACGCUAUCAAUGUAUUCAUUGUUCUCGCUCUGAAUACUGGUCUUCUCACCUCUGUAUGCUCGGUCAUUACCGUCGUGCUUCUCCUGUUUAGCUCGCUGCAGCAGUGGUAUGUGAGUAUGUAUGUCGUCCUUAAUCGCUUAUAUGUCAACUCUCUUCUUGCCACCCUCAAUUAUGGCGUCUCUCCGUGUGCCCACCGUGAAAGGCGAUGGCAAAACGCUCUACGAGUUACUCCGACUGGUCAUCAUAACUUCUCGGCGCUCGAGCUUACUACAAUUCCUCUUGAUAUGUCGAUCGGGACCCAUAUACGCAACGAACUUCCCUCUACGCCGACCUCAACUUCUCAACUCAACGGACAGCUAUGGGACUAGCCAAAGGGAAGUGCUGUUAUCACUGCGCUCAGACAGACUCAUGUGUGUCGAAAGAUUCACUCGUGACAUUAUACCAUCCUUUAGAAUACUCAUACUUUAGCAUGGAAGCGAGCUCUGUUUCCUCCGCAAAGGAGCAGCAAAGGCGCACCACUGACUGUGCUUACAAAACAAACGUCAUAGAUUACAAGAAUAUGCGAUACAGGGUAAUACAUAAAAUGCUAAACACCCUCAAUCAAUCAGGAAACACAGGCAUCGAUCGGUUUGGAUACGGCGCAAGUUGCAGGAUCACGGAGCCUGCUGAUUUGCGGAACGACUCCAGCUGGAUGUGUUCGGACCAUUCUGCCAAUUCUCUCGUCAGCAUCAUUGGGUCAUCUG